AUGUACAUUUUAAUACUGUUGUUAGUAAAAUUUACUAGUGCUCAACGUGAGACAGUGGUGGUGCCUGGAGUGGGCACUCUCCGAGGGGCAAUAGCUGACGAUAUCGUUAGUUUUAAAAGCAUCAGAUAUGCGUAUAAACCACUCAGAUUCCGCCCGGUCGAAGCGCAUCACUUGUAUCCUGAGGAUGUCGACGCUGAUAAUGAGACGGCUUGUUACCAAGCCUGGUCAAGCCUAGUUCCUGUAUCGGAGGAGGAUUGUCUGGUGUUGUCCAUCUAUAAACGGAAGGGAAACUCCAAUGGACUUCGUCCCGUUCUCGUCAACAUUCACGGCGAACUUGGGAUUUUCGGAUUCUUCACUUUCGAAACUGAUCAAUCACCCGGAAAUCUUGGUCUCCUAGACCAGUUCUGGGCUUUAAAGUGGAUCAAGGAGUUCAUAAUCCACUUUAAUGGAAAUCCCGAUCUUAUAACAAUUUAUGGACAAAGUGCAGGCGCGGCUAGUGUAGGGUAUCUGAUGGAUAGUAAACUAACCCGUGGAAACGACACUUACAAACUGUUUCACCGAGCCAUAGCUUCCAGUGGAGAUAAUCUUGCAGGAUGGACGAUAAACCUGAGUGCGAAGGAUCAAAGUCAACAAUUCGUGGCAGCGUGUAAUUGCUCAGAUGGGACUGUCGACGAACAACUUAUUUGUCUUCAAAAAAUAAAUUCUUCAUCGAUUUUUGACAUUGCAAAUAAUAUCAGUUUUUACGGGGUGCCGUCCAUUCAAGCAGACACCAUAAGCCCUGAAUUCGUCAUGGUACCCAUGCACCCACAGGAAGUGGAUCCCGCAACCAGGAGUCGGGUGCCACUACUGCUGGGCACUAAUAAAGAUGACGGCAGCGUGAUCUUUUCACGCUACUUCAAUCGGUUUAUUAAACCUAAGGGUCAAUCCACGUCAAUGUCAAUCAUGUGUUGCGGGCCACGUCUCAGAUUUUAAAGCUAAUUUUAUCAUAAAUACGUACUGCUUAAAUAAAGUUACUAGUGACAAAAUAAAAAU